CCAGCCUGCGGGCCGGGGCUGCGGAGCGGGGCGAGCUCGCCGGUAGGCCCAAGGCGCGCGGUCCUCGCCGCUCGUGCGCCUCCCGCAGCCAUGGGGGCGUCCGCACGGCUACUGCGCGCCGUGAUCAUGGGGGCCCCGGGCUCGGGCAAGGGCACCGUGUCAUCGCGCAUCACCAAACACUUCGCGCUGAAGCACCUCUCCAGCGGGGAUAUGCUCCGGGACAACAUGCUUCGGGGCACAGAAAUUGGUGUGUUGGCCAAGACUUUCAUUGACCAAGGGAAGCUCAUCCCAGAUGAUGUCAUGACUCGGCUGGCUCUUCAUGAGCUGAAAAAUCUCACCCAACAUAGCUGGCUAUUGGAUGGUUUUCCAAGGACACUUCCACAGGCAGAAGUCCUGGACAGAACUUAUAAGAUAGACACAGUGAUUAAUUUGAAUGUGCCCUUUGAGGUCAUUAAGCAGCGUCUCACUGCUCGUUGGAUUCAUCCAGCCAGUGGGCGAGUCUACAACAUGGAAUUCAACCCUCCCAAAACUCUGGGCAUUGAUGACUUGACUGGAGAACCUCUCGUUCAACGUGAGGAUGACAGACCAGAGACAGUUAACAAGAGACUGAAGACCUAUGAAGCCGAAACAAAGCCGGUCCUGGAAUACUACCAGAAAAAAGGGGUGUUGGAAACAUUCUCCGGAACAGAAACCAACAAGAUCUGGCCUCAUGUAUAUGCUUUCCUACAAACGAAAGUUCCACAAAUAAACCAGAAAGCAUCAGUUACUCCAUGAAGACAAGUGUAUGUAAUUAUUAAGAUGAGAAGCUCCUCAUACAUGUAUGAAUUCUAUGAAAAUUAUAUUAGUUUUAUUUCAACUGAUUUUAUUAUGGAAAUUAAGGAUGUGCCAAAUGAUUCAGAUCCUGAGAUUUAUCUUUUAAAACUGUCUAGUGUGUUUUAUAUACAGUUAUCUUCUGUGGGUAUACAGUUCAAAAACGUCAGAGAUGUCUAAACUUUGAAAAGUCUUUUGGAGUAUAAUUAAAAGAGCAAUUAGGAGUACUCUAACUUUGUUAAGUAAGAAUAGUGGUUGAUAGCCUUCCUUACUUUUUUAGAAAAGUAAAGAAAAAAAAUUCCAUUUGUGGAAAGUGUAACAUAAGAGGCUUUUACAUGGACUGAUGCCAAUAAAGGUAUUUUUAGCACUGUGGUACAUAAUCUUGUGAGAUACUGUCUAUAAAAUUCCAAAAAAGAAGAGGCAACUGGAUCUACAGAUGUUGCAAGAUGCAAAUUCACUGCUGCCUUUACAUAAAGAAACAUAUAAGCUAAUCAUAUAUCCUGUACUUAUUUUGUUACUAAACAUACUUUUACUCAGAAUUUUCAGUUUGCUAUAACAACUUAUCACUUAGCAUAUAGGAAAGUAUUCUAUAACUUGAGGGGUGACAUGUUAGAAACUGUCAUUUUAAAUUCUUGCAAAAACACCAAAGUGAAUCUUCAAUGGAAAUUGUUAUUUAAAAUUCAUUAUUUUGCCAUGUUUACUCAGGUUAAGAAAUGUGUACUUUAGAAUUGACUUGCCAGUUCUUCUUUCUGACCAAGAUGUGUGAUCUAAUUUGAUGAGUAACAAAUUGAAGUGUAAGAAAAAAAAAAGAAUUAAAGAAAAUCCAUAGCACUACAAAGCAAGCAUACUUUGUCAUUAAAAAUAGAAGUGCCUGGGGAAGAUGCCAUUGAUUUAAACAGUGUUCACAAGAGGUAGCAGUUAAAAGAACAUGAUAGGUCAAAGAGGACCAGAUUGAGUUUGUUUUGAAGGAGUUUUUUAUUCCUAAUCAAAAAGUUGACACUUGCUAGCAUUUGAUGCCAUCCUAUUUUAAGAGGGAACUUUGCUGCUGAGUGUAAUUAGAGCAGCCAUUUUAAAAUUAAAAUGCCUUGAUUCUUUAGUGGGACAACAAAGUAGCAUGCUUCUGUGCUGAGACCUGACAGAGUGGGACAAUGUGAGAACUAGAGAAACCCCACUGUAUUGACAAAGGCAUAUACUUAUACUUACUUGGUGCUAAAUCAAGCAAAUUCUUGUACAGCUACAUUUUAAUCCAGGCACUUAAAAUACAAAUGCCAAUGAGUGGUUCUUAUGUAUGUGUGUGUGUGUUGGGGGGGAGGGGGUACCUUUUCUUUUCUUUUGAUUUUUAAAAAUACAAUGUUGACCUUUUCCAAAUGGACCAAGGUUUUUUUUAAAAAGAGAAUUAAAACAUUUCAUUCAUUACAAAACUUUCUAUGAUGCCUUAUUUGUAUGUUAAUAGU